AUGGCGACUUCCCAGGAACGCCCCAAAACACCACCUACUGAAUAUGGACCCUCACUCAGUCCGCCAACGGUCGAAGAACUUAAUAUUAACCAUAUAUCUAUAAACAUAGAACUAACUGAAACUUUGAAUGAUGCUCCAGAAUUAAAUGAGAAUACAGAUAAUGCUCCUCCACUAGCCGUAGCAGAGGAUACUGUCUCUGUCGAUACUGUCUUUACUGGAACAACAGCAGCAGAUAACGAUAGUAUAAUAAAAAAUUCAGGUUGCGCCGCCUUGCCGUGCAUCCUCAUAAGUGCUUAUUUGGCUCUUAUUGUCAAUGCUAUAUUAAUGACGGCUGUCACACUAGUAUUAAUUCUUCUGAUAAUACAUGCCGACAAUUACGAGGAAAGGCGUAUGGCUCUAAUUAUUUGGUGCGCAGUAGAUUCUGCGUGGCGUCUGGUGGUCGUAGGUUAUAUAGCCAAAAAAUGUCCUGUGACUUAUACAAUAAUUCAUUGGCUGGGAGCAUUCUUAGGAAAAGAACAUUACAUCAUCUUGGUCAAUUCACUUUGGCCUCAUUCUGAUCCAUUUCGUGCGGCUGUUGAUCGGCCAAGCAUUAGGAUCAAUCGUGAAUUGUUUCUCCAAGGUUCGUCUUAUGCAAUUUACAAUUUAUAUUUUGGCAUUUGGUUUUGGGUUGUAACCUGGAAAGCCGUAACAGACGAUUACGCCAAGCCGUUAGCCCUUACCGGUCUCGUUGCAUGUUUGGUUAAUAUCGUCAGCCACAUCAUCGCAGAUGUGCCAUGCAAGAUGAAAGAAUUUAUUUUUGCCCAGUUUGUAUGA